AUCAGUCACCAUUAUUGGCAGAGCGCAACAAAUGUCAACAGAGUGUGUUUGUUGUGGUUAGAUCCGAUUAACAAUUUACAUCUUAUUUUUCCCCUUUCUCCACCUUCUUGAUCAACAAUGAUUAAGGUGUCAGUUUCCAAAGAGGGUACACCAUUAAUUUGGAAUGCUCAAGAUUGGCUAAAAAUCCGAGAGGAGCAUCGUAUUGUUGGAUCAUUGAUUGGAGUUCUGCCGAACCUCUCAAAUCAAGAGGCUUUACAUGGCUUGCCAAUGUCUCUUCUGCCUGAAGAAGCCACGUUGCUCUUAGAAAUGAAUGUAAUUUCUUUAGCUAACUACCCAUCCCUGAGCCGCUGUCCUGGAGAAGGAGUUGUCAAGGCCUUUAAGGCUCAUCGUCAAAAGACUUAUGCAGAACAGGCAGAUAAAAUGAAGGACGAACGAAAAGUGGCUUUGGAGGGGCUUGUAGACAAAAUUGUUGAAGGACGUAGACGGAAGCAGCUGGGGCUGGAUACCAAAAAGAAGAAACGAAAGAAAGUUAAGAGCGAGGGUAAUGAUGAAGAGACAGAUGAUAAAAGUGAAGACGUGGCAAAAAUUGUUGAACUGUUAAAACCUAUUGAAGAUGCAGAGAGACAAGCUGUUCUUGAAGAGGAGUUGGCCAAAAUUCCACCAUUAUCCAAAGAAAACACUCUUAUUCAGACAUUUACAACAUAUCCCUGGUUGCGUGCUGAGGAUGCUUGCCCUGUUGCUUGGACAUUUCCCAGUUCUCAUGAAGAGAAAAUAAGAUAUUUAACUUUCAAAGAUCUAUGGGAAAAAGGUUAUUUCAUAACAACUGGGCACAAGUUCGGGGGAGACUUUUUAGUAUAUCCAGGUGACCCUGUGAAGUUUCACUCUCAAUUCAUCGUAGUGUGUGUUCCACACUCGCAAACCUUCUCUGUUCAUCAAUUUGUCACAUAUGGUAGAAUUGGUUCCUCCGUGAGAAAAACUUUUGUGCUAGCUUCUCUCCCACCAGACUCAUCAAAAAUAAGUUACCAGUCAAUAAAGUGGGCUGGAGGGCCUACCAUGAAUUUAAACUAGCUGUUCAACAUUCAAAAUACUAGUUAAUAAAAUUUGUUUGAUAUUUUUUA